AGGUAUUCCUUCAUUCUUUCCCCGAGCCUCGGUUUGAACACAACAAAAAUAAAACUGGAAAUCCAAAUGACUAACACCUUUUGGAAAUAAAUUUUUUGCCGUGGUAACUUUUUCCCAAGUGAGUGCGUUUCCGUGAUCCCUGUUUUUUCGUGGGUUCUUCUUUCCUUUGACUCUCAUCCGAACAAUCCCGCUCCAAGAUGUGCUGCAAUCCAGGAGGCUGCUGCAAUCUACCCGCCUGCAUCCAGUGCACCAACUUUUGUUUCAAUUGCUGGACUGGAACUGCCGCAGUGCCAUGUUGCCGGAGAACUUGCAUUCCGGGAUGCAGUGGCAGCCCCAGGUGCUGUUGCUGACUAAAACUGAAGUUACUCAGACUAUACCGCUCUUCAUCUCAAAUCCGAAAUAAAACAAUUAGAAAAGCUUA